UUAGAGAUAUAUCUUUGAAGGGAAUUUUGGAUUUCUUGUUUUCAUUUGGUUGUGGAUUGUAUAAUUCCUUCUCAAGAUAGGAUUUUAUCAAGAAAUUUAUUAAUUUUCUUGUUUAUGUUUGGUGAGUUUCCUCAAAAUUAGCGAAUUCUUUAACAAAUCUAGGAAACAGUCACAUCCGGAUUACCUUCCACCUAAUUGGUGGUUGCAUAGAGGGGUUUCUGUCAUGACUUGCUAAAAUUAAAGGAGUCAAUCCGUUUGAGGAAGUGAGAUAUUGACCAAUUACAACUGUUUAUCUGAAAUUCAUUUUAGAAACCUCUUUACUGGUCAUUGCUAAUUAGAUGUGUAGGGUGUAGCAUUUCAGAAAAAAACAAGGAUUGCUUUUUUCCUGUAUAUAGGCGUGUCAAUUAUCUGUAUACAAUUCUUUGGGAUGUCUUAGGAUCAACGUCCUCUUGUAAGACCAUCAAAGGGGGUUCUUGAUCUUUAAAACAAGCUUGUUUUCAUAAACUUCUUUCGUGGGAGCAGUUGCUUCUGAAUAUCAUGAGAUUUCUAAGCCUUGUGGGGAAUUCUUUUGGAUGUUCUGCUUCUGGGGAACGCUUAGUUUCUGCUGCAAGAGAUGGGGAUCUUCAAGAAGCCAAGGCUUUGUUGGAAUACAAUCCAAGGCUUGCAAGGUAUUCCACUUUCGGGGUUCGCAAUUCACCACUACAUUACUCUGCAGCUCAGGGGCACCAUGAGAUAGUCCUGCUCUUGCUCCAGUCUGGGGUUGAUAUUAAUCUCCGGAAUUAUCGUGGUCAGACUGCUUUGAUGCAAGCCUGUCAACAUGGCCACUGGGAAGUUGUUCAGACUCUGAUUCUUUUUGGAGCCCAUAUCCACAAAGCAGAUUAUUUGAAUGGGGGUACUGCACUUCACUUGGCUGCUUUGAAUGGUCAUUCACGGUGCAUAAGGCUUCUCCUUGUAGAUUAUAUUCCCAGCAUCCCUGAUUGCUGGAACUUGUUAAAAAAAAAAUCAAGGAACAGAGGAUCUACCUCAGAAUUUGAUGAAGGUGCUCUUCGUGAGGUAAUCAAUAGACCAGCUGAUGGAGGGAUCACUGCUCUUCAUAUGGCAGCCUUGAAUGGGCAUGUUGAAAGUGUUCAGUUGCUGCUGGACUUGGGAGCGUCAGUUAAUGAGGUCACUGUGGAAGAUGGAACCACAAUUGAUCUAAUUGGUGCCGGAAGCACUGCUCUCCAUUAUGCUGCUUGUGGUGGUAAUGCACAAUGUUGCCAGAUUUUGAUUGCCAGAGGUGCCAGGGUGACUGCUGAAAAUGCAAAUGGGUGGACUCCAUUGAUGGUUGCUCAGUCAUGGUGUAAAAAUUGUCUUGAGGAGAUUCUUAGCACUCAGCCUGAAGAACAGUUACAAGUCCGGCCUUCACCUUAUUUAUCUCUUCCUCUUAUGAGCAUCACGAAAAUUGCUAGAGAAUGUGGAUGGAUGAAUGCUAAUUCCUGGCCUUCUUGCCAAGAUCCAUGCGUUGUAUGCCUGGAAAGGAAGUGCAUGGUGGCUGCAGAAGGUUGUGGUCACGAAUUUUGCAUCCAAUGCGCCUUAUACCUCUGUUCCACAAACAGCGCAUCGACUGUUGCUAAAGGUCCCCCUGGCUCAAUUGCCUGUCCCCUAUGUCGACAUGGAAUAGUAUCAUUUGUCAAGCUCCCCGGAACAGAACCAAGAGUUAAGGUGGUCUCACGGACAAGUUUGUCUCUACAUUUCUGCACUUGUUCAAGUGAGGGAUCAUAUCCCACUGUAACAACCCCACUUUGCAAGCCUGGCAUCCAUUGCAGCCGAAUUUCUCCUCUUGGAUCUUCUCUCCGCAGCCUAAGCGGUUGCCAGACUCUCCCAUCUAUAAAGAUCAACUCCAGCCUUUGCAUGGGAGCUCCAGAUAGUAGCCCUGUAGUUCCUGGCAUUGUUGACAGGAAUAUGCAUAACCACUUGGUUAGGUUCUCAUCAAGGUCAGUAUUAAGACGUUCUACUUCCAGCACUGAGGGCCGGAAAUCAUGGUUCUCAGCACUCAAUCAAUGUGUAACUACAGGAAGUGGAUGAUGAAACUUUGGUGCCAUUUUCCUUAGUAUUUCCCCUUUUGAUGGUUAGAUUUUGCACCACCCGGCCCCCCACCCCCCACCCCCCACCCCCCAAUCCUCGUAAGGUGAAAAUUGUUUGUAUGUACAUGCCAUAUAUUCUUUCUACCAGCUAUGGAAUAUGCCUUGCUUAUGGAAUCCUGAUUUUUCCUUGAAAAUGAUCAUAUGGGAAAAUAAACAAUGUUCAUGCAU